AUGGCCCGGUCGUCAAGAUCUCGGGCUGCGGCGGCAAUUCAGCGGACGCCAACACCAAGGGCUGAUGAACCAUCCGAUGGAGAGAUUGCUGGCUUACCUCAGGAAGAGGGUAGCCAGGACGAAGAUGUCGAGCAAGACCAGAUGGAGUUAGAUGAUGAGGCAAGUCGUGAAACUCCUGCCUUAGAAUCAGAUGAAGGUUCAGGUGCUGCAACACCUCCCCAUGGAAGAGGUGGAACUCGGAGGAGGCGGGCAGGAAGACCAAGAGGUGGCGCCCGACGACGGGAUGCUACUAGUCAAGACUUACGAGACCCUGGAUCUGAUGUGCCUACCCCGAGAAAGCGCGGAGGGUGGCGAGGUCGCGGUUUCGGCGCCGGCCGAUGGGCAAAGAUCAAAGGAGGCCCUUCUCACGUUACGCAAGUGCCAAUUGACAAAGAAGGCAACAUGGCCAACAUCGUAGGUGACGAGGUCGAGCUGCCGGAUGACUCCGAGGGCGAGAAAAAGGUCACCAAGGAUGGAGAAUUGCAGGGAGGUAGAGAAUAUCGGGUCAGGACCUUUAGGAUUGAGGGUAAAGGAGAGAAACUCUACAUGUUGUCAACUGAACCGGCACGAUGCAUCGGAUUCCGAGACAGCUACCUCUUCUUUCAAAAACAUAAGCAUCUCUACAAGAUCAUUAUCGCCGAAGACGCCAAGAAAGAUCUGAUCGACCGAGGUCUCAUUCCUCAUUCCUACAAGGGCCGGGCUAUUGGCGUAGUGACAGCACGUUCUGUGUUUCGCGAGUUCGGGGCCAAAAUUGUGGUCGGCGGCAGGAAAAUCACAGACGACUACCUUGUGGCGGAAGCUGGAGCGCGAGGCGACGUAGAAGGUGAAUAUGCUGUACCUGAAGAUGAGGUGCCUGGGGGCGCGGAAGGGUACGAUCGCAACCGCUACGUAGCUUGGCACGGUGCAAGCGCUGUAUAUCAUGCUGGCGCUUCAAGUGUACCAUUGCUUAAUGGGAAACCUGUGGAAAGCAAGAAACGGAAAGUCGUUGUCACCGGGGCGAAUUGGAUGUAUGAACAUGCAAUGCAAGCUAGCCGUUUCAAUUCUCUCACUACCGCCCAACGACAUCUGAACCUGAACGGUAUGUACAACGUGCACACCAACUUCAUGCAAUAUCCCAAGAUUAUGCAACCCACCCAGGCCCGGUGGGAGCGUGUGGAGUCGCGCCCUCCCGCUUCACAUACCAUGAGGACCCAGAACAACGUCCUUGGUGAUGAGACAGGAGAUGAUCCACUGCAAAGAGCCCCGGCCUCAGACGCUUUCCCAGAGUUGCCAUCCUUCUACACUCAAAGAUUCAUGGUGACUGACACGUAUUUUGAGACACCAUCAACGUCCACUCUUGGCUAUCCGGGUCCAGAUGAGGCAUUGGUGGACAUUGGCCCACUGGGCCUGAUGCACGUCCCGCAAGAUGUUGUUGAGGCACUCCCAGAGGACUGUCAAGAGGCCUUCGUGCGGGCUCGAACACAGGAGAAAGUCUGGAAAACCCGGUGGAAGCUGGGGGGUGAUGGCAGAACCCCGCUGAGAAUCACUUACAAUACAUGA